AUGGCCACCAUACGUGCCGUCGACAUUAAAGGAGGCACAGGCCCCGUCUCAGCACUCUUCAUCAACUCGGAGACGCCCAAGCCAGUCCCCACGGGCAGCCAGGCGCUGGUCAAGGUGAAAGCUUUCGGUCUCAACCGGAUGGACCUCCUCCAACGUGAGGGGAGAUAUCCUGUUCCUCCGCAGGCUCCCAAGACCCUUGGCGUUGAAUUCUCCGGUACAAUCGAGUCGUUUGGAAGCGAGCCCGAGCGCGGCUUCAACGUCGGUGACGAAGUGUUUGGACUUGCGUACGGAGGCGCCUACGCCGAAUACAUCGCGGUCAGCACGCACAUGCUGGUGCACAAGCCCAAGGAACUGAGCUGGGAAGAGGCCGCGGGCAUUCCGGAGACAUGGAUCACCGCCACCCAAGCAUUGUACGUGGUGGGCGGAUUCGUACCCGGUAAGAGCGUGCUGUGGCACGCCGGCGCAAGCAGCGUGAGCAUUGCCGGGAUCCAGCUCGCGAAAGCAGACAACGCCUCCGCCAUUUAUGUGACGGCGAGUUCGCGAGAGAAGAUCGAGUUCUGCAAGUCCCUGGGGGCCACUGAGGGAUUCAGCUACAAAGACGGGGACUGGGCACAGGAGCUCCUCAAGUACACGGAUGGGAAGGGGGUAGACUUCAUUAUCGACUUUGUGGGCGCCAACUAUUUCAACCAGAACCUCGACGUCGCCGCCCGGGACGGACACAUCGUCAACCUGGGCCUCAUGGGCGGAGCAGUGGUCAAAGGAGACGUCGACAUCGGUCGCUUCUUGUUCAAGCGGAUCAGGUACGAAGGUAGCACUCUGCGCAGCCGCGACGAAGAAUACCAGGGCCGCUUGAGGGAUACGCUAGUAGAGCAUGCGCUGCCAAGGUUCGUGGACGGAACGUUCAAGGUGGUCAUCGACAAGGUUUUCAAGUGGGAGGAUAUUCAAGAAGCCCACGAGCUUCUCGAGUCGUCAAAGACCAUGGGCAAAUUGAUUUGCACCAUCGACUGA